AUGAACAGCUUGGUGGCCACGCCUCCUCUCCCUCCUCACUUCUACGAGAACCCUCGAUUUUCUCCUUCCCGCAUAAUGUCCACGCCUUCAUCAUCCUAUACCAGCCGAAAGCGGAAAGCCGACGACGAGGGCAAUGAUCACGAUGGACGCAUGUCCGCCUCUCCUACCAACUCGCCUGCUUUCACUCCUCGCCAACUCCCUUCCUUCCGAAAUAUUAAGCGGUCUCGACCCAACGUCUCGGGCAGGCCUCUCUCCCUGCCCCGCCUCCUAGAAACUUUGGACACCGAUGCCUUACGAACAGUGGUGCGAACCAUGUGCGAGCGCCACCCUCAGCUCGCCGACGAGGUGGCCCAAACCUCUCCAAGACCCAGUGUCUCGUCUACGCUGCAGGUGCUUAGAAAUUACCAGGCAGCACUUCAGUCGUCAUUCCCCCUGGGUGGCAACACGGCGUCCGACUAUGCGUACAAUCGAGUCCGGCAGCCACUCACGAACCUUCUUGAAGCCCUGAGCGACUUCACACCCAACUUCCUCCCUCCCAACGAGUCUCAGCCUUCGGUUUCACUGAGCUACCUCGACGGGGCGACUGAUAUCAUUCACGCCUUGCCACGAUGGAGCACACCACAGAACAAUAUCGAGCGGGACUCGGCUUAUGACGAAAUCGGCAAGGCUUGGGUCCUGGUGAUUCGAGAGGCAGCCAAGCGUGGCGGAGGCAUUCAGCUGCAGUACGGUGGCUGGGACCAAAAGCUGGCUAAGCACAACCAAACGUCGGGCGGCAAGCUUCAGGGUGCCGUCAACGAGAUCGGCUCAAGCCUGGGAUGGAUUAACGGCCCAGAUUCACCUUCUCACGGCCCAGGUGGCAAUGAGUUUGGCUCUAUACGUGAUCAGCUCCUGUCCGGGACCUACGGCCUCGGAACGCCGGUCAAGGUUGGACCCUGGUGA